AUGAAGCACAAUGGGCUUGGAGUUCGAUUACGGCCAUGCGUGGAGAACAACACAUUCAUGGCGGAAUUCGGCCCCGGUCCUGAGCUCGAGGGCGGCCCACACCACACUCCAAAUGCUAGUACUUUCGUAGUAGCAUCGUCACGGCAGGCUUUCGAGGUCUUUGUCCGACUUGAGACGUCGUUUAUGCCACACAGCGCCCAGGUCCUCACCAUCGAGAUCGAAGCUAAGUCGGCUCUGAAGCGAGACUCAAAAGAGAACGAGACACAAACCUGGUCAAUACCCCUGUGUAGGAGGCGUACAGGAUUGAAACACAAUCGGGAUAUCGAUGCUGAGUCCGCUAAAGAAUACUGCUUCUCGACAUAUGUAUUCUGGACCAGGGACAAAUCGCCUUGCAAGUUCAGCUCCGCCUCUCAUCCUUUCUUGGUACCUGAGGUUGGCGAAUGCAUCACUGUCCGCUUCAGAAGGGGCAAGUUGCUGGACAUUGAGCCACGCUUACCCAUGAAGGAGAAUGAUACCAACCCGCCAAGAUCUCCGACCGAGACAGAACUCGCAGGUCCGACAAUCAUCGAUGAACGGUGGUUCAAGAAGCUCGGAGGCAGGAAUGGAAAGCCGAUUGAAUUCGAAUUCGAGAUCUGUGCUGAAGACUUUUCUUCGCCGACACUGCAAAGCAAGGUCAUGGAGGCGCGAUGUGGACGCUCCGCACUCGAAGCUGACGAUUGCGACGACGACGAAGGCCAUGUCGCCAUCAAACCUGAAGAGCAGCCAGACCUGCUUGAGGGGCUCAUGAGGGGGCGCAAUGAGACAAGGACUGAUCAAGUUCAGCCUGCAUCGACGGAUUGUUCACUCAAAGAGACGGAUCAAGACAUCAGAGCCAAGUAUGGACCACCGCCCACCACAGAUGCUGGUCACUGUACGUUGCGCCCGUCAAACGGUAGAAUAGUCAGCGCAAAGUACGACACCACGUACCACAUUCUCGAUGAUUAUAUCGGCCCGGCUCCUGAGACAUCAACCACAGAAGUUCAAGCUGAGAUGCCCAUGGCGAUGAAGAAGGUGGGCUAUUCGCAAUUUUAUCCGCUUGACAAUAAUGGACAACCAAUCAAGUCAAGAGGUCGUCCCGUUGGCUGGCGAAAAGCCUAUCAUUCUCGUGAAGCACACGGGCUGGAGCCUUAUACAAACAGCUCGACGCCCAAGGGGGACGCUUCGCGUGGCCACGAAUCGCCCGCAAACGUGAAUCGCCCAUUACAAGGUCAACUGAAGGACACCGAUGCUCCUGUGGGAGCAGAUCCAACGGCCUCUAUACGACACGCCGUGGCCAACCGAAAAGUUCUUGACCAAGACCACAGGUCUGUGCUGGUCAGAAAGGCCUCAGAUCGUAAUGAGGAUACCGAGCUGUCCCAAGAACCUUCAUCUGACAGGACCGACUCGAGGGCCAUGAAGAAGGCUAAGCUGAUGCUGGAGUUGGAGUGGGACGAAGUGAAGGUCAAGCAGAGGGAAAUCAGCAUCAGGAAGAAGUUACUGGAUCUUGAAGAACGGUAUUAG